UUCAUUCAUUAUUAAAUAUUUAACCAGUAAUGGUGCCAUAUCAGUAUCACACGUCAAAUUUACUGGGAUUAACAUUUGCCACUAGAUCUAUCAUCAUACUGAAAGAAAAAAAAAACGCUAUUGGCACCGAAAGAUAGAAGAACACAGCACAAGAGAGAGCGAAUCUCUCAGCUAUGGCAGAAGAUGAGGAAGACGACGAGAGCUUCGGCGACUUCAAGUUCGCUUCCUUCCCAAAUCAACCACUCCCUUCCACCUCCGCUUGGGGCAACUUCGCCAACCAUUCCAAUCACAUCAAUGGCACCACCGUCUCUAAACCCUUUGAUCCUUUUCCCGUUUCCCCGGAUCCCCUCGGGAAAACUGCAAACAAGGCUCGCGGAGGAGCUAUUCCGCUUUCAAUCUUCGGCGAUGAAGAUGAUGAACCUGUUUCUGAUUCCAAUUCCAAUUCCAAUGAUUUUUUCUCCAACGGUUGUGGUGGUGUUGUGAAAAAGGGAUCGGAUUCGAAUGGUUCCGUUGGAAUUAGUGAUUUGAUUUCCAAUUUGUAUAAUCAGCAAAACGGAUCAGCUUCGGUAUCCAAUGUUGGUCCUACCGGUCCGAAGAACUCAAAUGUAAACAAUUUGAAUCAGGAUGAGGACGAGGAUGAUGAUGGAUGGGAAUUCAAGUCUGCCGAACGGGAAACUGGAAAUGAAAACUUGAAUGAUAAGGUUCAAACGCCAAAGCAUGGUAACGGUGCGGUUGGAGUUGGUGCUUUGUUAGAUUCAUCUGCUGCGUUUUCUGACAAAGUUGGUGAAUGGAACCCGGGGUUUGAGUUCAGUCCUAUUUCUGCAUCUCACAGCCUUCAGCUAGGUCCAAAAAGUGAAUCAAAUGAAACUGGAGCUGGGUUUACUAUGUUCAAUCAAGCUUUUGGGAAGUUGGAGAAUGCACAUUCAUGGCCAGGAUCAAAUCAAACUUUGGAAGCACCAAAAAAGGAUAAUAUAUAUCCCACUGCUAUAGAAGCACUCAAUGAUGAUGGUAGAGCUUCCCAUAGUACUGUUGAUCCAUCUCUUGCAUCACAAUCUCAUCAAUCUAAUGGGUGGGGCUUUGACUUUAAUCUCAAAUCUAGUUCCAUGGGCCAAAACGGCCUAUUUUCAGAGUCGUACUUCAAGACGGAAAACAACUACGAUGUAAACAACAAAAGCAAUGCCUCCCCAACCAAUAUAAAUGUUGAUUCAGAUGUCAAUUUGUUUGAAUCAAAAGACGCAGUCACGGAAAUAGGAAUAAAACACGAGAAGCCGCUAAUAGCUUCAGAGAAUCGUAGGGAAGCCUUGCCUCUGUCAAUUUUUGGUGAUGAUAUGCCUGAUACAAAUGAACAUCUUGUAUCUCAAGAUUUGUCUCCCCGUGCACCAGUAUCUCCAAUGCAGAACAACAUUAAUAGUCCUGGUUCCAACUUAUCUAUCAAUGACUUGAUAUGGAGUUUAUAUAGUCAAAGUGAAGACAAAACUUCUCCUAAUGUGACACCAAAAGCAAAUGAAAAUCAGAUACGUGCCUCCCCCGAAUUAUCAGGCUCCGGUUUGGAUCACAGUGAUGAUUUAGAUGAUGACUUUGGGGACUUUAAGGAUGCUUCACCUGAAACCACAUUGACCCAGGAAUCUGCACAAAACACGUCUCUUAAUCAUCCAACAGAAGUCACUGAGAAUGGGUUGCAGACUUCUUUGGAUGUUUUAAAUUCUGAUUUGAUCAAUGAUAAUGAUGGUUUUGAAGAUGAUUCGUGGGAAUUUAAGGAUGCUAUAUCUGGAAAAAGUACUCAAGAUCAAGCAUCGACUAUAGAUCACAGAGAUUUACUGACGCAGUUAUCCUCCAAAUUAGAACCAUCUGAUUGUGUGGAGUUUUUUAGCACGUUAAAGGAUGAGUUGUGCAAUAAUGUCCUCUUCCAUCUUCAGAACCUUAAAAAAGCUCGAGAUGUCGUGGCUCUUUCAGGUGAAGAUGCAAAAACAAAAGCUCUUGAGGUGGAAAUUCAGGAAUUUUCUCAGAUACUGCAUCAGCAUCAUAUGAGCAUACCCGUUGAUCUCUCAGAAAAUUAUUCGCCGAGAAAUGUAAACUUUAAUGAGCUUCUUAAAGUUUUGAAGGAGCCAAAGUUCCUACCUCUUGAAUCAGAAUACCAGCUAGCAUCAAGGUUGUCUGUGGCCAAGACGGAUAUAAAAUCUGCUAUGGAACUCUUGAAAGAAUCAGUAUCAACAUUAAGAAUUCUCAAGUUGGGGUCAGGAGAAGAACAAUCUAAUUAUCUUACAAUAUGGUCCAAGAUUGCCUUUGUUUGUUCUCAAGAGCUGCAACAUGGUGCUUAUACCUGGAAGCAAGCUGUACAAAAGAAUGUCCAUGACCGGUUAAUAUCCAUCCCAAAAGGUGUUCAGUAUGUCCAUGCACUUGGAGAAAUUUAUAGAGUGGCAGAAAUUGUUGGAGCUUCGGCCAAACUUCACAAGCCGUGGAUAUUAUCAGGUUCCAUAGAUUGUACAAGCUUAUUUGCCCUUUUGAACGAGUGUAAUAGCCUAUGGCUGGCUUCAGGACUUGAAGAAGCUCUUUCUAGUAUAUCAAAUAAUAAUAACUUUGAUGCAAAUGGCAUCUCAAGGGACUUAGUUGAAUCCAUUAAGUACAUUCACGAGCUUGAUGAGCAUGUACUUCAGACCUAUGUCUUCUCAGGAGAGGAAACUAUGUGCCAAUUGUCAGCCUUGCCUGCUGGUUGCAUACCAGGAUUAAAUUUGGUGACAUGGAACGGGAAGCACUGCUUUGUUAAGCUCGCAAACUUGUGGGUCAAUCUGAUAAGUUCAGAUCCUCCCAAGUGAUACUUGCCAAUUCAAUCCGUCUCUUAAAACAUGGAGAUUCUCCCCCCUAGAUUUUUCAGUGUGUAGUUGAGGGUUUUUACACAGAAAAAUCAAUAUGAGAUUGUGGCAGGAUCCUUUUUUGGGGGACAUUAGCAGCUGUCGUUAAAGAUCAAGUAAUAUGGCUGCACUGCUCUUGUGUGUGAUAAGACAAAGUCACCAAUUAAGUUCAUUCUUUUUUUCCGUAGGUACCAUUCUUUAAGUGGACGCUUUGGAACAAUAGCUGGAUGUUACAGGUGUAAGAUGUAUUACUAGUGAUAACAGAUACAUAGAGUAGAAUUUUGGAUAAGAACCAGUUUGCAAAGGGAAUAAUAUUGUUAAGUUAUGCUGAUGUUUGUAAAGCGACUAUGAUUUUUGCCUUAGCCAUAUUAAUAGACUAAUAGUAUUUUGUCA